AUGGGCCGAUUGAUCAAGAAUCACUGGGGUCGUCUAAUUAUCAUGGCCGCAUCAGCUUAUCAAAUUGCCAGUGCUAUUGAAGGCUUCAUCUGGCCCAAAGUCUUCUGGGAUUUCAUUUCCAAGAAUCUUGAUGCUGCAGUCAACCCAAUACCCGUUCUACAAAUAUUAAACCUGAUCAUGGGCAUCAUUGGGCUCGCAUGGGAGUGGCCGUUAAAACCGCUGGCGGGUACAUUCCCACACCGCAGCAUUGAAAUCCGACUCAUCAUAUAUCCACUCAGCGCUUUGCUCGCAGCGCUACUAUAUCAAGGCACCGACCCUGCGGGAUAUUAUCUCAUAGGGAUUGCCGUUUAUUUCUGGGCCUAUAGCGAGGGGGAGGUCGUAUGUCCUGAGCCAUGGACAUUACCGAAACGAUCAAUGGUCCUCAAGGCAUAG